GAGAGCUCCCUGGAUAACAUCAUCAUGGACAAAAUCUUUAGAUUCAUGCAGACUCAUACGGUCCAGUUCAACUUCCCGACCGGCUCCGAUGUACAAGAGACCGAAGAAGGCCGUGAUAAAAGAAAAAAGUUCGCACCGAUGCUCGCCAUCCCGAUCCUCGUCAUAGGAAUGAUGGUGCCUCUGGCUUUCGGAGCUCUGGCUCUACUGGCGGGCAAGGCUCUGAUCGUGUCCAAACUGGCCUUGGUAUUAGCCGGUAUUAUUGGCUUGAAGAAGCUUUUGUCUCCAAACGGUGGAGGUCAUGAGGCCCAUGAGGUAGUGGUGUCUGCUGGACAUUCCGCUUCAGGGUGGAGCAGAUCACUAGAAAAAGCACACGACUUAGCUUACAAAGCGUACAAGAACGACAUGGCACUACGAACGAACACCUGCGACAACCAGCGCAACGUCCACACAACCUGUCACCCGUCGGCAACCAUCGCCAUGAAUGGACUCGGAGACCACGCCACAAUUAACAUAAAACAAUUUUAUCGGUACCAGUUUAAUCGACCGCUUACGGACGAUAUGAAGUGUCUGGUCGUUUUAAUGGUGAUCGGCGUGGCGUGGGCGAUGCCUGCUGCCGAACAAGACUCUGACCCGAACAUCCUGGGAAGCGUCCUGGGCGUCGUCAAGGAGUGCGUCGACGGUGACGUCACCCUGUGCCUCAAGGAGAAAGCUUUGAGAUACGUGGAGACUUUGAGGUCUAAGAGGGAGAUCACGCUGGUCGAUGGCGUUACUCUGGACAGCAAAGGCUCGCCCAGGUCUGCCAGGGCCUUGGAGCCGCUGCCCGAGGAGCCUAAGGCCAGGGAAGCACAGGUCGAGUCUAGACUCGUAGACGGUGUGGCAGACUUCUUGGAAAAUUACGUCGUGCAGUUCAAGCUCCCGUCUUCCGCUGUUGAGGGCAUGAGGAGAUCAUUAGAUGAAGCUCGUGGUAAGAAGAAGAAGAUCAAGCAGCUCCUCCCUCUCUUGGCCAUCGCCAAACUAAAGAUCAUGGCCCUCAUCCCCCUAUUCUUGGGUAUCAUCGCCUUCGCAGCCGCCAAAGCCGUCGUACUUGCCAAGAUCUCACUCCUGGUCGCCGGUAUCAUUGCUCUGAAGAAGCUGCUGGCCAGCAAGCACACCGAGACCAGUUACGAAGUGGUCGCCCAUCCUCACCACGAGGAGCACUACGCAAGCAGCGGCCACGGCUGGGGCAGGUCUAUCGAUGACGCCCAAAACAUGGCCUACAGCGCCCAUAUUAAAUCUGAUUAAAUUACUGCCCAAAAAUUUUUUGGUCCACCGUUUAAAGUACUAAUACCCUGGUAUAUUUAAUCGUUAGCGUUUAGUUAAUUUAUUUAUUUAUUGUACACCCUUUGUAAGGGUUCGCUAGCGCGAUGUUGUUGUUGUUCCCAAAAAAAGUUCGUUCUGUUUUUGUA